AUGAAUGUAAAGAUCGAAUCUGUAUUAGCUGCGACUCAAACACCUUCCACUUUGCCACAGAUUUUGUCUGGCAGCCCCCCGGAUGUGGCACAAAAUGAGAUGCUGGAUAUAUUCGGCUUUGAUCAGUUCGAUCUGAUACAGGAGAUCUUUACCAACCGAGAAAAGAUAGUCACCGCUGUGUUUAAGCAGCUAGAAAUCAUUAAGGCCGAAACACAAGAGGAGAACGAGGCACUCGUGGCGGAGAAGGACAAUGCCAACAAGCAAUUCGGCGCACAGGUGACAGUGACAACUCAGGGAGCCAAGGCACGCAGCAAACAGAUCAGGAAGCAGCAGAUCAAGGAGAUG